AUGGGUGAUGCGGGCCCAGUGACCACAGAGGCAACCUACUACCAACCCGCCGAACACCUCUCUCACAGUCACACCCUCACAGCAUUCCCCAACCUGCCCGGCUGCUACCAGGAUGCCGAGUCAACUGCACGAGCCAGGCAGGAAGUAAUCAACAUCUCCCUCGCCAUCUCACAGUUUGAGCCUGUCGUCCUGUUCGCCCACCCAGAUCAUGCCCACGUCGCCAGAUCAAUGAUCCAGUCCUCAGCCGACCCAUCAGCAGAUAUUACAAUCCGGGAGGUCGAGGUCGACAAUCUCUGGAUCCGGGACCUGGGCCCUGUCUUCCUCCACAGCCGAGAGUCUGGCCGGACGGAGGCUGCCGUGGAUUUCAACUUCAACUACUGGGGCCACAAAGCCGAAGAGACUGUUGAUGGCACAUUCGCACGUCGCAUCUUGACCUCGAAACCAUACUCGUCAGCCAUCUCUCGGGUGAAAGCUGGGCUCGUUUCCGAAGGCGGGGCGCUUGAGGUCGAUGGGCAGGGUACUCUGAUGGUCACCGACACAAGCAUUGUCAACGACAAUCGGAACCCAGGCCUCUCGCAGGAGCAGAUAGAAGAGGAGCUGAAGCGGGUACUGGGAGUGGAGAAGGUGCUCUGGCUCAAGGGCGUGAUGGCAUUGGAAAGUACAGACUGGCAUGUCGAUGCGUGGGCGAGAUUUGUGGGAGAUGUGAGGGUAGUGCUGUCGAAGCCGCCAAGGAACGCACAUCCUAAGAUACACGAGAUCUUUGACGAUGCGAUGGAGCGCUUACCUCGGAUGACCAAUGCUAGGGGAAACAAGAUCCAGGUUGUGACAGUCGAUGAGCCCGAUCAGGAGAAGCUGGAUGGCGGGGCGAUCGACGGGAUGGUGACAAGUUACGUCAAUUACCUUCUGGUCAACGGCGGUGUCAUUUUGGCAAAAUUCGGGCAGGACGAUGCGGACGCGAAAGCUCUACAAGUGAUUCAAGGAUUGUUUCCACAGAGGAAGGUUGUCCAAGUGUACAUCAACGAGCUGCCCAGAUUAGGCGGUGGGAUACAUUGUGCUAGUCAGCACGUACCAGUAUGA